CAUCUGUCACAGUGGAAGCAAUUCUGAAUUGCAAAAUAAUACUCGGAGUGGCUUCCCUCGGCCUCCUCAUCGAACGGAUACUUGUCAAACAACAAUGGCCGAUUCCACUACUUGCAACCUUAACUUAAAUACAGAGUCCAUUCAGGCUGCAGCUGAAGAUACUCGGGAAGUCCAGAUCACCAACCAGGCUGCAGCUGAAGAUGGUAGCACAUUCAUGGAUCCAAAAUUGUACGAGGCUGCAGCACAUGGUGACAUCCAUGUACUUGAGCGACAUGAUAUUCGUGUCCACCGAACUCCAAAAAAGAACACAGUUCUCCAUGUUGCAGCCCAAUUUGGCCAAGCGGACUGCGUUAAGUGGAUCCUUCAGUUGCCUUCUUCAUCACUAUUGCAACAGCCCAACGAGAAAGGUGACACUCCACUUCACCUUGCAGCCAGGGAAGGGCAUUUGACAGUGGUGAAAGUUCUGAUUGACGCUGCCAAAGUAGGAGACGCGGAAAGCGGGGCUGCAGCAGAUUGUACGGUGAUGCUGAGGAUGAUAAAUAAAGACAAUGACACAGCCUUGCACGAGGCAGUGAGAAAUCAUCACCCUGAGGUGGUGAAGUUAUUGAUUCAGGAAGACCCCGACUUUACCUAUGGUGCUAAUACUGAAGGCAACACUCCUCUUUACAUCGCUGCUGAGUGGGGAUUCGUAGACUUGGUGCAUAUGAUCCUAGACAAUUGCUCUUCACCAGCUCAUGAUGGGGUUAAUGGUCGAACCGCUUUGCAUGCUGCGGUAAUUCUCAAUAACGAAGCAAUGACAAAGAAGAUACUGGAAUGGAAGUCUGAUUUAACUAAAGAAUUGGAUCAAAAUGGUUGGUCUCCCCUUCACUUUGCUGCAUAUGUGGGCUGUAAUCCAACAAUAGUGAUGCAAUUGCUAGAUAAAUCUAACGAGCAUCAGUAUGUUGUCUAUCUCGGCGUCAAAGACGACGAAAUUGGAAACAGGACAGCUCUUCACAUUGCAGCCCGCAGAGGCCAUGUGGACUUAGUGAAGGUGCUGGUGUCACACUUUCCAGAUUGUUGCGAGAAAGUUGAUGAUAAGGGCAAUAAUGUUCUUCAUUUGAUAAUGCCAAAAAAAAUAUUUGUAACUUCGGGUUUGUCAAAUAAUCCCCGGUUAAGGAUGAGAGGACUCAUGAACGAGAAGAAUGCUGAAGGAACGACGCCCCUCCACCUGUUGCACAAUUCUCCCUUGUCUAAAGGUGUCAACUACUUCCCACCUCCGGAGACGACGUUCACGUGGAUAUUGGACACCUUCGUGAGAUCAAGGAGACGGAGUCCAAGUUUCAGAGCUGGGAUCAGACCCUUGGGUUCGCUAGAGGUCAAGAAAGACAUGGAUAGCAGCGAAAGCAAAGGAAGUGAGAAAAUAUCUGAAAGCAAAGGAAGUGAAGAAAGUAAAGAAAUAUCUGAAAUUAAGAAAACAAUGAAAAGCCAUAUGAUAGUGGUGGCACUCAUAGCAACUGUAACCUUCACGGCAGGUUUCACACUGCCUGGUGGUUACAUUCAGGACAAGGGCGUUACCCAGGGCAUGGCAAUCUUAUCGCUCCCAACAGAUGGCACCCUGGACAAGCACGGAGACAUGGCAAGUGCAGCAAAGGAAAAUUUCAGCAAUUUUGUCAUGGAAGAUAGCAUAGCCAUGGUACUUUCUAUGUGUGCAAUUGGUAUUUACUUCCUUGCCUCUUUCCCCAUAGAAAAUAAGAAGACCGUCCACGCAUACGUAUUGUACGGCUAUGUUCUCACCUUGGCUGCGAUGGCUGUAAUGGUGAUAGCAUUCGUUGACGGGCUGCAAGCUGUGCUACAUCCUUCUUCAUCGCUUGAAGUUACCACCGAAUACAUGAUUGUAGUCUUCUUGCUUUUCUUUUUUGUUCCAGCUUUACCUUUAUUGGUAACCAUCAGUCGGGAUUUUGUAGUUCCUUUAUUGGUAACCAUCAGUCGGGAUUUUGUAUGGAAAAAAUUUGUGAGUCUUUGACAUUGAUGUAAAUCAUUUUAAACAUGCUUAAGUCUUACCUAUUGUUUA